AUGACUGAAGAUGGAUGUAGCCUAUUUCCUUAUGAUGAGCAUCAGAGUAAGCAAAUAUGGCUCAGCCAGUCAUCCAUGAGGAUUGUUUCGCAGCUUAGUUCAUUGUUCUGUCUUUAUCGUGAGCUUAAACCAGGAAUUAUGGAAGAUGGUGCAAAACAAUAUAAUCCGACUUUACUUGAUCAUGGCUUGCAUUUACUUAAAAAAUUUCGGUCACCAUUACUGUAG